CACAUGGGGGAGGGAGCGGUUCACAAAGCUGAAGCACCAGAGUACAUAGAGUGCUUAACAACAACAUGGAAGCAGCCUUAUAUCAUGCGCCUAGCCUUGUCUGCUGGCAUUGGAGGUCUUCUCUUUGGCUAUGACACAGGAGUUAUCUCUGGUGCACUUCUUUACAUUCGAGAUGACUUUCCAUCUGUUGACAAGAAAACAUUUUUCCAGGAAGUAAUCGUGAGCAUGGCAGUAGCAGGAGCAAUAUUUGGUGCUGGAAUUGGUGGAUGGAUGAAUGAUAGGUUUGGAAGAAAAAUGUCAAUUUUGGGAGCAGACAUUUUGUUCUUUGUUGGUGCAAUAGUCAUGGCCUUUGCACCUGGUCCUGGAGUUAUAAUCGUGGGAAGAAUUUUUGUUGGGUUGGGAGUUGGAAUGGCUUCCAUGACUGCACCUCUUUACAUUUCAGAAGCUUCUCCUGCUAGAAUUAGAGGGGCUCUUGUUAGCAUGAAUGGUUUGUUGAUUACAGGAGGACAAUUUUUGUCAUACCUUAUAAAUCUCGCCUUCACAAGGGUCGAUGGAACUUGGCGUUGGAUGCUUGGAGUGGCUGGACUUCCAGCUCUGGUUCAAUUUGUAUUGAUGUUGUCCCUUCCAGAGUCCCCUAGGUGGCUCUACAGACAGAACAAAAAAGAGGAAGCCAUAGACAUUUUGAGGAAACUAUAUCCUGAAGACGAAGUUGACAACGAAGUGGAGGCAUUACGAGCAUCUAUUGAAAAUGAAAUAGCUCAGGAGAGCAGCAUUGGUGAUGGUAAUCUAUUCAGUAAAAUUGGUCGAGCAUGGGGUAAUGUGGUUGUCCGUAGAGGGCUUAUUGCUGGUGUUGGAUUGCAAGUGGCUCAACAGUUUGUUGGAAUCAACAGUGUCAUGUAUUAUAGUCCCACCAUAGUUCAAUUGGCUGGAUAUGCUUCCAAUAAGACAGCUCUGGCUCUCUCUCUUAUUACUUCCGGUCUCAAUGCUGUGGGUACCAUUAUUAGUAUAUUCUUUGUAGAUAGAACUGGGAGGAGGAAGUUGCUGCUUCUCAGUUUGUUUGGAAUCAUUUUUUGGCUCCUCGUGCUAUUUGUUGUGUUCAAUUUAGCUGCUACCCAUGCUCCUGCAGUUAAUAAGUUAGAUUCGACUACCAAAUUUGGUGCAAAUAGUACAUGUCCGAACUACCUUACAGCCUCAGAUGCAUCAACUUGGAAUUGUAUGACUUGCUUGAAAGGAUCUAUAGACUGUGCGUUCUGUGCUAGCGGAGGCAAUCAUCUUCAACCUGGUGCAUGUUUGGCUUCAAACGGUGGAACAAAGAGUUCAUGCAAAGGCAAAUAUGGUGGUGAAUGGUUCACAAGAGGAUGUCCAAGCAGAUUUGGAUUCUUGGCAUUAGUGGGCUUGGGGCUCUACAUUAUCUGUUAUGCACCUGGGAUGGGAACUCUCCCUUGGGUUGUAAACUCAGAGAUAUACCCAUUGAGAUAUAGAGGAUUUUGUGGAGGCAUUGCCGCUGUUGCUAACUGGGUAUCAAACCUCAUCGUUAGUAUAUCAUUCUUGUCUUUAACUCAAGCUCUAGGCUCGGCCUACACGUUUCUCCUGUUUUGUGGUUUUGCUUUCUUGGGUCUAGUGUUCGUCUACUUCAAUGUACCAGAGACCAAAGGUCUGCAAUUUGAGGAGGUCGAGAAAUUGCUAGAGAGAGGUUUCAAGCCUUGGCCUUUCAACAAAGCAUCAGAUGGAGAAAGAAACUCACUUGAGAUGAAACCAGUCAAGUGAAUGAAUAGUACUUUUCUUGUUACUUGUAAGGACCUUAUUACAGUACCUCUUCCAUUUAGUUAUGUUUAUGCAAAUUCCAGUACGAUGUCUAGGUCAACUAUAGUAGUUCUUCUAUCUAUAAAUUGGGGAAUACUGUAAUUAUUUCUUCUAUCUAUAAAUUGGGGAAUACUGUAAUUAUUUCUUCUAUCGAUAAAUUGGGGAAUACUGUAGUUGUUUCUUCUACGUAAGAAUUGGGGAAUACUGGACUUGUAUCUUCUAUCCAUAAAUUGGGAAAUACUGUAAUUGUUUCUUCUAUCUAUAAAUUGGGGAAUACUGUAGUUGUUUCUUCUAUGUAAGAUUUGGGAAAUGCU